UUUUGGGUACCUAGCGCCGCUGAAGCCGCCGUGUAGACGCCGUCCACAGAGCACCGUCCACCGAGCACCGUCCACAGAGCACCGUCCACCGAGCUGACCCGGGAUCGGUCCUGACAUGGCCUCCGAUGGCGACGAAGCGAACGAGCGCCUCAUUGAAAACUACACGCCGAGGCUUCGGAGGCUCAUAAAAGUGGAUCUGGUUCUGGAUCACAUGCACUUCAUCGAGCCCGGCCUAAAGGAGCCGAUCAGGCAGAGGGCGAAGAUCGAAGGCGACAACGCCGCCGCGGGGGACCUCAUCUCCGCGGCCGUGAGGAAGCCGCGUGCCGCCGGCUGGUUCCGCGCGUUUGUAGACGCGCUGUCCCACGGGGGCUGUCAGUCCGCGGCCGACAUCAUGCAGGCUCCCCCGGACCCGGAGGUGGAGGCGGAGAACGAUUACUCUGUCAAGCUCGUUGAGUUGCUCUCUCCGAGCCUGCUGGACAUGGCAACUAACGUCGUGUGCCACGAGUGUUUCUCCCAAAAGCUCAUCAACAAAGACGAUGACGAGAUUAUUAGAACUAUAACAACAAACCAAGGAAACAGGAGUGGAGCCCGGGAACUUCUCAGGUGCAUCGUGAGGGGUCGGCCUGGAUGGUUUUCUGAUUUUCUCGAGAUUCUGCGUAAAACCGAACACAAGUACCUGUUGUGCGAGCUGACUGGAGAGCAACCUGACUCUGACAAGAAAGGCUCGGAGGAUAAGCCGCCUUCGGUGAAAGAUGAGCCGAUGGAAACGGACGCCCCGGCAGCAGGUGAACGCCGUGGUAGCCUGCAGUUAAUGGACAUCACCUUUGCGGAGGAGCCUCCGGUUGAAACAGACCUGUAUGGAGGAGCUCCGACUGAAUCCACUGAACUUUCAAAAGGUUUCAAGCCCUCACAACCAGAUUCAGCGGCGGCUGACGGGGGGCCGGAAAAAGCUGAUAUCGUCCUUCGAGAUUAUCAGAACGACGUUGCGAGUCCUGCCCUGGAGGGGAAAAACAUCAUCAUAUGCCUCCCGACAGGAAGUGGUAAAACCAGAGUUGCGGUUUAUAUUACGAAAAAACAUCUGGACUGCAGGAGGGCAGAGGGGCGAGCAGGGAAAGUGGUCGUUCUGGUGAACAAGGUUCCUCUGGUUGAGCAGCAUUACUCUGCAGAGUUCUUGCCAUUUCUGAAGGCGACUUACAAAGUGGAGAGAGUUAGUGGAGACUGCCAGCUCAAGAUCUCAUUCACAGAGAUCGUGAAAAAUAACGACGUCAUCAUCUGCACAGCCCAGAUCCUCGAGAAUUUCUUGGAGAGGUCUAAGACAGGAGAGGACGAAGGGGUGAACUUGAGCGAUCUGUCGCUGAUCGUGAUUGACGAGUGUCACCACACACAGAAAGGUGAAGUCUACAACCACAUAAUGAUGCGCUACCUGACGCAGAAGCACAAAAACCGAAGGCUGGAGAAGGAGCAGAAGGAGCCCAUGCCCCUCCCCCAGAUCCUGGGCCUGACUGCCUCACCCGGUGUCGGGGGGGCCUCAAAAAUGGAGAAGGCUCAGGACCACAUACUGCGCAUUUGUGCAAACUUAGAUGCUCACAAGAUCAUGACGACGGACCUUGGGCAGUACCAAAGGGAGCCAAGGAAACUCAUUAAAACUGUUGAAGACAGAAAAGAGGAUCCCUUUGGUGACGUCAUCAAGAACAUCAUGAAUGCCAUUCACACACACGCCGAGCUCAGCCCCACCUGUGACCUUGGCUCUCAGAAUUAUGAGCAGUGGGUUGUUCAAAAAGAGCGAACAGCUGCAACAGAGGAAAAUCAAAAAGUGCGUGUUUGCUCUGAGCACCUUCGUCAGUACAACGAGGGCCUGAAUCUCAGCAACACCAUCCGCAUGCGCGACGCCUUCAGUUUCCUGAACAAAUACCACGAGGAGGAGAUGAAGAGGAAAACAACUCCGGACGAGGAGCAUGUGAUAAAGAUCACAGAUACUGAAAGAUUCCUCUUCGAUUUGUUUAAAGAGAACAGGGAAGAGCUGCAGAGACUAGCAGAAAAGCCAGAGUAUGAAAAUGACAGCCUGGCCAAACUAAGGAGUAAAAUUCUUCAGGAGUUCAGCAGCAGGAUGGAGGCCAGAGGGAUCAUUUUCACCAAAACACGUCGCAGCGCCAUCGCCCUAAGUCAGUGGAUUCAGGAAAACCCCAAGUUUGCUGACAUUGGAGUGAAAGCCUCGCAUCUGAUUGGGGGAGGAGACCAAAGCGUUGUUAAACCGAUGACCACUGCAGAGUCGAGGGACGUGCUGAAAAAAUUCCGCAAUGGCGAAAUCAACUUGCUGAUCGCCACCACGGUUGCAGAGGAGGGUUUGGACAUCGCGGCGUGCAAUUUCGUUAUCCGCUACGGCCUCGUGACCAAUGAGAUCGCUAUGAUUCAGGCUAAAGGCAGAGGAAGAGCUGAGGACAGCAGUUACACUCUGGUCGACGUGAAGAACUCUGGGGUAGCAGAAAAGGAGCAUGUCAACGAGUUCCGUAUCACGAUGAUGGACAAAGCCAUUACCAAGAUCAGAGCCUUGAAUCAGGCGGACUAUGACAAACGGAUCCUCGAGUUUCAGUUGCAGGCCAUAUUGGAGGAGAAGGUGAGAAUGGCUAAGAAGAAGCAGAAAAAAAUGCAGGACCACAAGGGUGAAGUGAAGUUCAGCUGCCGAAGCUGCAGCAAACAUGUCUGCACCGGCAAUGACAUCGAGAUCAUCGAAGAAAUGCACAGAGUCAACGUCUCACCAGAGUUCAAGCAACUUUUCAUUGAGAGAGAAAACGCAUCACUGCAAGAACGGUGUCUGGAUGGUUAUGAGACCAAUGUCAGCAUAGCAUGCAAGGACUGCGGCCAGACAUGGGGAUCCAUGAUGCACUACCGGGGGAUCGACUGUCCAAGCCUCCACGUGAAGAACUUUGUGGUGACUUUCAACGGAAAGAAGAUGAGCAAAUGCACCAAGUGGCGAGAGCUCCGCAUCAGGUUUCCCGUCUUUGACUACGCUGAACAAGCGAGCCGGGUGGCAGAGAGCUCAGACGAUGAAGAUUAAGAAGCUGAAUGUGAACCCACGGGUUCAUUUUUCUGCUGUUUCUUCUAAAACUUUCAAAGAAUAAAUUGCUUCUCACUUUCAAACGCAAGGCCUCUUCAGAGUGCUACACUAUCGUAAUAACUAGGAGUCACUGACUCGAAUUGAAUGCAUGUUCUGCAAAACGUGAAUUACUGGUGCAUGGGAUGUUAUAUGUUGAACUUCCUGCCGAAACGCAGACACGGCCAUGGAACAAAAUGUGCAUGUUGUGUCCUUCGCUGAUACAGAACGAACCGGGAAAUUUGAUUUCCCCUCCCAAACCCGGGGAGGUCUCCUGAGACCGGAGGCGCCGUGCCUGUGAUAGCCCCUCGGAGUCCACCUGUCAAACACACCACGCAGACAAACAAGUGCUGCUGGUGAGUUUCCAUCAAAUCCAGUCACAGCUGCUAUUUAUAGAACUGUUUUAAACAAGGGUUUCCAGAGAGACACCUGAGCUUUCUAAUUGUCCGAGCCAUGCGCUAUUAUGCAAGUCGCAUUGUCCCUUGAUUUAUAAAAUCGUGUCCAAUAUCUGGGGUGUCUUUUCAUUGUUUGAUUGCAUUGUAUUGUAUUGUGUGUUUACAUUCUAAUAAUAAUAAAAAAAAAUCUGUCCACUCA